AUGCCACUGGUAACGCUUGCGUCGAAUGUUCCUGCGAGUAAAUUCCCAAGUACUUUCAAUGUUCAGUUUACGAAACUAAUAGCGGAAAUACUAGAAAAACCAACAAGUCGGAUAUUUCUACUCGUAACGCCAAAUGCGCAAUUGUCUCAUGGUGCCACGGAAGAUCCAUCAUGUCUCACUGUGGCCGGCAAUAAGCAAACAGCAACCCGUGUUAGUCAAAUUAAGGAGAAAAUUAUAUAA